AGCUGUGUGAUAUGUCAAAGUGAUGUUAUAGCAGUAAAUAGUUGUGGUCGAUUCUGGUUUACAGACUGGUAAGGAAAACAAUCUAAGCCACAUAACUGAAUCUAUAGAAAAUAUGAACAUCUUACAAUCCUGCCUUCUGCUGCUCUGCAUAUAUCUAUGCUAUUGCGAGAACACCACCUACACGGCCAAGUACGAUGGAGUCGACCUCGACCAGAUUCUGUCCAGUGACCGACUGCUCAACGGCUAUGUGAGUUGUCUACUGGACAAGGGACCGUGCACUCCUGAUGGCAAAGAACUAAAACAAAAUCUUCCGGAUGCAAUCCAAGAUGAAUGCAGCAAAUGUACCGACAAACAACGCGAGGGUGCUGACAAAGUCAUGCAUUACAUCAUCGACCACCGACCUGAAGACUGGAAAAGGCUUGAAGAAAAAUACAAUUCCGACGGGACUUACAAACUGAAGUACUUAAACACCAAAGAACCAAGUAACAAGUCUGCCUCCAAAGAGGAUACUUAUGAAAACGGAUACGAGGAUGAUGCUGAUGAUGAAGACGAUGAGAACAAUAAGGAUCAUUAUACGAAAAAGGAUACAACGAACUAAUGUGACUUUAGCUUUAAUACCGUCAGUGGCGUAACUAUACAACCCUGUAGCCAAGUGGGACGUCGAUUCUCUGUCUACGAUCGCUAAAGCUUCGAUAACUAGAAAAAUGUAUGGGAAUGACAUUUGCUAUCGACAGGUUACGUGAUCAAGAUCUGUUAUCCCAUACAUUAUGUAUAUACAGAGAAUCGACGUGCCACUAAAGCUACAGGCUACGGGGCAGCUGAGCAGUGGCGUAGCUAUGUGGGGGGACGGGGGGAAAUGUCUUGGGCGGCAUAAGAAAGAAGGCAGACAAGCGCCACGAUUUUGUAAUUGAAGUUAAAUAAAAAAUUGGAAAAUCCAAAAAUGUGCGCGCCUCAUAAAACUCAUUAGACAAAAUCUAGCACAAAAAUAUGCCUCUUGAAAGCCUGAAGUAAUGUUUGGCUCGCUAAGGUAUUUUUUUAAUAGAUGUAUUAUGUGUGGACUUUCCGAAGAAACGGUCUUUACUGUUUCUGUUAGUGUAAAGCGUCCUUUAGCACCUAGUUAUGCGAUAAAAUCAAUCAAUGUAUUGCACAUAGGUUGACUAAAUAAUUCACUACAGAGUAUGGUUGAUUAACAAUUGACUUUUUUUAAGACUAAUUUUCCCCGCAGAAAGAGAUAGAUUAGUUUUUCAGUAACGACUACAGAUGGUAGAUCUUAAACUAAGUUAGCUCGAUUUCAAUUUAGAUUUGCGCAACUAUUACAUUCGUUAUAACUCCUCUUUCUUCUUUUAAUCUUCUUUUACUAUUCUAAUUAUCAGUAAUAAUACAUUUUGUAUGUGGAGACACUGAACACGUAAUCCAGUGAACCCCCCUGGUCUGGAAGAAAUGAUUCUCGUAUCUAUUACACGGGGCCUCUGUACCUGUAUCAACAAAAGACUCAUUACGUCAACUAGUCUAGUGAGAUGAUGAUGACAAAAAUGAGUUAAAAAUACUGUUGGUGAUAAUGAUUUAUUGUAUGAUGAUGAUUAGUUAAGUAAUUGUUUAAAGAUACAAACUAGAAACUUAUUAAAAAGUUUAAGUUUAGACUGUUUUUUCGCAGACAACCCGUGUUGAAAAAUAAUCUAUAUUUAUCUAAAUUCACACCAUCAAGCGGUGAUAAGCCACACUACGCCACUGAGUAUUAUGUAUAUUUUAUAUUUUUAUAAAUGUUAUAUUAUAUCUGACCUCACAGCCCCUUGGACUGGGGGCCUUCGUAUCGUAGACCCAUGGCAUAUUCACAUACCUUAAUUGAUUUACGCCACUGCAGACAUGCCCUACAGUUACGCCAUUAAUAACCGUUUACCUUGACUCCGAAUAUGUACAUUCUGUUAGAUAUACGAAAGUCGCUAAUAAAUAUUGGGGGAAGCAUUAAUCAAUUUCAUUUUUUUUUUCACUCCAAAAGCAGUUUAGAUUGCUUUUUUACUGGUAUUAAUAAUAAUUAACCUAUUUUAUCAGGCACUAUGAGGUCAGCCCCCCUGGCCAAGUGGCAAGUCGAUUCUCUUUCUACGAUCGCUAACGCUUCGAAAACUAGGAAAAUGUAUGGGAAUGACAGAUCUUGA